AUGGCCGAACUCACGACAACGAAGCUUGACCCAGAUAACCACCUUCUACUCGACCAACCAUUACUUCGCUUGCCCAACGAGCUGCUGCGGAAGAACUUGAAGACGGCGCAACGGAACAUCGAGCAGACCAACAAAACUAUCACUAAAGAUGUGCAAGCAGCAGUCAGUCAGCAGCCAGACCAAGCCCUGGCGGCACUCGAAGCAACUCUUGCCAAAGCACAGAAUCUGAAGCGCAAGCUCGAGCAGCUCCAUGCCGAAGAGCAGAGCCUCCAGCGCCAGCAGCGCUUGCGGAUCGAACACUUGCAACAGCUCCACGAGAUACCGAGCCUCGCAGAUGUCAAGUACGACACGUGGUCGCAUACCCGCUUAGAUCGCCUACUUGUGGACUAUCUACUUAGACAAGGCUACACGGAAAGUGCUCGGGAGCUGGCGGUUGAGAAGAACAUCAAUGACCUGGUCGAUGUUGGUGUCUUUGAAGAUUGUGGGAGGAUAGAGAAGAGCUUGGUGGAUGGUCGGACGCAGGAGUGCUUAUCGUGGUGCAGUGAGAACAAACAGGCUCUGAAGAAGAUCAACAGCAAUCUUGAGCUUGAGCUGCGGUUACAGCAGUUCAUUGAGCUGGCGAGAAGUGGUGAUGUCAAGAAUCAGGUGGAUGCGAUCGUUCAUGCACGGAAACAUUUGGCUGGUGGUCAAGAUACCGAGUUCGGCUUAAGAGCUGGUGGUCUGCUCGCACAUCCGCCCGACACACUCGUGGAACCAUAUCGAAUGAUGUACAGCCCCGAACGCUACGUUCACUUGGCACGGCAGUUUGUCAAGACACAUCAUGAGCUCUUCUCACUACCAUCACAACCUUUACUACACAUAGCACUGAGCGCUGGUCUUUCGGCAUUGAAGACCCCCAGCUGCCACUCAGAGUACGCUCUGCAAGCGAAUGCGAAUACUGGUGCUCCCGUGUGCCCGAUCUGCAGUACCGAACUGAACGAAUUGGCACGAAAUGUUCCAUAUGCACACCACACCAAAAGCUACAUGGAAGAUGAUCCUGUCGUCUUACCGAAUGGUCGUGUGUUUGGGAGAGAUCGAUUGAAACGAUUGAAUGAGAAGCUCGGGACUGAUCCUGGCAAGAUAAAGGAUCCUACAGACAUGGAGACGGAGUGGGAUGAGCGGGAGCUCAAGAAGGUGUACAUUUCGUAG